AUGGGAAGCCGCUCUGAGGAAGAGCUCAUGGACUUUCACGUGGGCAAACAGAAAGAACUACACAGACCACCCUAUCCUUACAAGCCAAACGUGUUUCUGUUCAUCAUCAAUGACAUUUACUCUGAAGUGAAAUCUGGUUUUGCUCUGCAGACAACUGAAAUGGAGCUCUCCAGACCUUAUCAGAGAGCUAGCGUCCUCCGUCGGCGUUCCGGCUUUAGGAUGCUUGGCAGUCAGAGUAGACAGCAUAGAGUAGAGCGGCAGGGGCCCAGCUCCUGCUACGAGGCGGCCCUCACGGACCACUACCAGGUGGUGAGGAAGCUCGGGCGGGGGGGCUUGAGCCAGGUGGUCCUGGCCCGCCAUCUCCUCACCGGGGCAGAGGUGGCGGUGAAAGUCGUGGCCAAGAGGAAGGCGCUCCAGCACGUCCUGUGCGAACCGCGGAGGUUGAUGGCCCUGGAACACCCCAACGUGAUCCAGCUCUUCCAGGUCAUCAAGACCCCGCGCAACAUGUACAUGGUGAUGGAGCGCGCAGGUGGGGGCGACCUGACCCGUUGCAUCUUGAUGUCCCGUGGCCUGAGGGAGGGGAAGGCCCGCAGGCUGUUCCGGCAGGCCGUGUGCGCCGUUUGCCACUGCCACGACAGGGGCAUCGCGCACCUGGACCUGAAGCCCGAAAACCUGAUGCUGGACGCCCGGGGCCGCAGCGUGAAGCUCAUCGACUUUGGCCUGAGCCUCACCUUCACGCCGGGGCAGAGGCUCAGCACCUCCUGGGGCACGCUCCCGUACUGGGCCCCCGAGCUGGUGCGGGGGCAGGACUUCGAGGGGCCCCCGGCGGACGUCUGGAGCCUGGGAGUCGUGCUCUUUGAACUGCUCACGGGGAGGCAACCCUUCCGGGCGUGCACCGACGAGGGCCUGCGGAAGAAGAUCCUGCGGGGCCGCUACACCCUCCCCAGGCGCCUGUCCCCCGAAGCCCGCAGCCUCAUCCAGCUCAUGCUGAAGCUGGAUCCGACCCAGAGGCCCACCCUGGAGCAGGUAAUGGGCCACCCGUGGCUGAGCCAGGGCCAGCAGCCUCCACCCAGCCCUGGCAGCCAGCCGCUCCCCAAACGCCCCGACCCCGCCAUCCUGACCCUCAUGCUGGACAUGGGCUUCGACCCCUACGAAGCCUGGGUGUCCCUGGACAAGCAGAAGUGGGACGAGGCCGCGGCUACCUACCGCCUCCUCCAGCACCAGGGACCCCAGGGUGUGGGCCGCGAGCUCCAGGCCAGGCCUGGGGGCCGUCGCGUGGUCGCGCCUCUCCCGGCUCCCACAGAUGCCCCCGGCACCCGCGCCAACAAGUGUGCCAGCCAGCCUGCCCUUCCAGUGCCCGGCGAGCAGCAGCAGCCCGCGGAGACCAGGCCGGCGGGCCAGGAGGGCGCUGCCAGUGACAGCGGGCCCGCCGUCCCUCUGAGCUUCUUCUGUGUGCACUCGGCCCCGCCCAGCCCCGCCUGCCAGAGAGGCCCUGUGCCCCGCAGGCCCGAGCACCCCAGGCCCAGCCUCACCAGGCGGGUGGCAGAAGACCCCAGCUCGUCCUCCCAGGGUUCCUCCUCAGGCCGAUCCUCGGACAGCCGCGGGGGCUGGAGGCAGGCCACUGGGAGGAUGGCCACCUUCCUUGGAAAACUCUGCUGCUGCCUGCCCUGCUUUUGCUGGCCCGCCUCCCCAAGGAGAGUGGCACCCAUGCAAGGAGGCCACGGACGCCCCGGGGCCCCACACAGAGUGGCUCCAGGAAACGUGCCCUGA